UUAUCUCAAUCUGAGGAGUUUGUUUCUAAUGAACAUAAUAAUUUGACUAAUAGCAAUAAUGAUAAUACACUUAAUAGCUAUAAUCUGAUUAAUAGCGAUAAUAAUAAUAUAGCUGAUGAAUGUAAUAAUUUGGUUAAUGAAGAAUCUCAUUUAAUUUUAGAAAAAUUUAAGAAUACAUCAAAAUUACCAAAUUUAAAUGCAAUAAAGCUAGUUCCUCUUAUUAUACAUUCAGGAUGA